AUGUCUGCAAAAACAACUACAAGACGAAACUUUAAUCCGAAAUGUCGAACGACUGAUAUUUCUUCUGUGAAUUAUUCUGGUACUAGGACUUCAAUUGAAUACGACAAUGACGGAACUUUGGAAAUCAAGGAAGAAAUCAUCGAAGAUCGAGAGACAUCCGCAGAAAGUAUUUUGAAAACUAUUUUGACUGAUAAUAAACCGUAUAGCGAAACAGAGCCAAGAAUUCAGAAAUCAAAAAACGAACCGGAAAAAAGGUACGCAUGCGAAAAGUGUGCGCGAAGAUAUACAAUGAAAUAUAAUCUGACAGCUCAUCAAAAAUACGAUUGCAACGUCUUCCCAAUGUUCAAAUGCAAAUUCUGCAAAAAGCGAUUUAAACGGAAAGGUCCAAUGAAUAAGCACGUGGAAAGCGUACAUCUUAAAACGAACUUGCACAGAUCAAAAAUCAGGCAUAAAUGUGACAAAUGUCCUCGAAGUUACUCUUGGCGAAGAAAUUUAACACGACAUAAACGAUCAGUACACGAAGCAAACGAACCAAAAUUAGUUUGCGACCAUUGCGGCCACAAAACUACUAGGAAAAAUCUCUUGUUAGAACAUAUUAUGUCACUUCAUCUCAAGUAA